AUGGCGAGUGCGCUCGCAGCAAUGAGUGCCAUGAAAUGCAGUGGCUAUGCCGAAAAAAUUAACAUCUUGCUUGACAGUGAUUUUUUAGUAUGUUUAGAGACAGUCCUUCUUUCCACCGUUUCAAACUGUGCUAAAACGUUUUAUGUACACUGGAACACAACGAAUAGUAUCUUCAGAAUUGAUAACACUGAUCACAUAAUUGACGUUAAUAAGGGAAAUAUAAAUUUUGAGUAUGAUCAGGUUAAUAUUAUCUGCCCACUGUUCCCAGGAGAGCAUGACGAAGAUGCUGAAAAGUACAUAUAUAAUGUAUCGAAGGAGGAGUAUGACACUUGUCGCAUUACAAACCCAAAUCCUCGAAUAAUAGCAAUCUGUGAUAAGCCACACAAAUUGAUGUACUUUACUAUAACCUUUCGUCCAUUUACACCACAACCAGGUGGUUUGGAAUUUCUAGCUGGUAAUGAUUAUUAUUUCAUUUCUACUUCAUCCAAAGAUGAUUUGCAUCGGCGAAUAGGUGGGCGGUGUUCAUCUCACAAUAUGAAGAUGGUUUUCAAAGUUUGUUGUUCUACAAGUGCCACGCCAAUUUCAGCUGAAUCUCCAACCAUUUUGCCAAAUGGGGUUGUUGCAAUGCUGCCCUCAUCAGUUAUAAAUCAUAGCAUAUAG